UUAUUGAGCGCCCAGGGGGCCGUCCUAGCGGUGGGGAGGAGAUGGAGCCGGUCCCGGAGGCGCCGUCGUCGCCUCCUUCUCCUCCGUCGCCUGGUUUCGUGGCGACGCCCGGCGCCGAGGUUCUGUCGUGGGUCCUGGAGCGGUUGGGCCGGGCCCCGCGGCUGGCGGCCAUCAGCCGGCUGAAGCGCCAGCCCGCCGGCCACUACGUGCCCACCCACGACCUCCCGGCCCUGCUCCGACGACGCCAGCUCGCCAAUGCCAAGGAGAGGCAGAGGAUUAAAAACCUGAACAGCGGCUUCUCGAAGCUGAAGACCAUCGUGCCGCUCAUCCCCAAGGACCGGAAGCCGAGCAAGGCCGACAUCCUGAGGGCCGCCUCCGAGUACAUCCGGCUUCUCCGGGCCGUCUUGGCCGAACCCCGACCCUGCGGGACCAUGAAGCCCGAAGAGCCCAGGAGCCAGGACGCCGGGGUCCUCGCCUCCUCCUGCAGUCAGCCCGGCCCCGCCAUGCCCACGGCAUUUGGCUCAGUGGAGAACACCGGCCCCGUGGGCACUAACCGGCGUGCCAGCUUACCGAGUGGCGUGGGAGGCGGCUGGUCCGCCGCGGAGGUGCGCAACCCACCCCCAGGCAUGCCAUGGGGACGGAGUGGGAUCCCCCCAUACCUGGACCUCGCCCACCUGCAACAGCCCGGCCGACUGGUUUUCCAGAGUGACUCCUAAGUCCUGCUGCCAGAGGAGUGGGAGUGCUGAAUGAGAGAAAUUCUUGCACUUAGGGUUGGGGCUGAGCUUCAGCCACUGGGAGCCCAAGGAGAACACGAAGAAUACUUGAUGCUCUGUUAUUUAUAUAUACAUUUUUUUUUAAGAGAAAAUUUUUUUGUUAUGAUUAAAAAUAUCUGCCAAAGCUUCCUCUGCA